AGAAAUGGACAAAAUGAUCCAACAGCCAAACAAGUCCCAAGCGCAUUCAAGCUGAUAACUGAUCUGGCGCCUGAGCAAUUUCAGUCCUCCGGCUUUUCCAGUCCAUUUAAGAGCUCAUCAAUGCGCAACGGUAUUUCCCUUACCUCUGGAUUCAGCAUCUUCUCCUCCAAAGCCCUCAGCCAAAUGUAUCCCACCUUCUGGAUCUACCGAAAAACUCUCUCACUUCCUCAUGGUAUUCUAAGUGGAUCGAACUUCCUCCAGGUUUAGCGGCUUCGGCGGAUCAAGAUUCCAGUGCUAUAAUUCUAUUCCAGUGCUAUAAUUCUGAUAAUCUGGCUGUUUUUUUUUUUACCCUUCGUCACUAGCAGAUCGAGGUACCUAGUUUCAAGACGACGGGUUUAUCCUUGUGUGGUCUCAAAUUGCUAAUUUCUCUGCGUAUACCCACCCUUUAAUUGGCUGCAAUGGAGGUAUUUAUUGACGGUCAUAUGCCAAUGUAGCUUUGAAUUUAGGAAAACCUUUAGAUUUUAUGCUUUGAAGCGAUCCCAGGGUCUUUUAUUACCAGCCGCGUCUGCUUAGUGAGGAAAUUCGGGGAAGCAAUGGCUUUUGCUACUUCAAAACAGUACUAUGCUACUAGCAGUCUUGUUGUAGGCUAUGCUCUGUGUUCAAGCUUGCUUGCAGUCAUUAACAAGUAUGCCAUUACUAAAUUUAAUUAUCCGGGUCUUCUCACUGCACUGCAGUACUUAACUUCAGUCCUUGGUGUUUGGAUUCUUGGAAAAUUGGGUUUUCUAUAUAAUGAUCCCUUCACAUUGGAUAUUGCCAAGAAGUUCUUGCCUGCUGCAUUUGUUUUCUAUCUUGCUAUAUUCACAAACACCAACCUUCUUCGACAUGCCAAUGUUGAUACAUUUAUAGUGUUUCGGUCUCUGACCCCUCUUUUGGUUGCUAUUGCUGACGCUGCUUUUAGAAAACAACCGUGUCCAUCAAAGCUCACAUUCAUGUCACUAUUGACUAUAUUGGGUGGUGCGAUUGGGUACGUGGCUACGGAUUCUGCAUUUGGUCUUACUGCUUAUUCUUGGGCAGUUGUGUAUUUGGUGACCAUUACAACUGAAAUGGUUUAUAUUAAACACAUGGUGACCAAUCUUGGGUUGAGCACAUGGGGUUUUGUGAUGUAUAACAAUUUGUUGUCUUUGAUGAUGGCGCCGGUGUUUUGGUUUCUGACUGGAGAGUAUGCUGAUGUUUUUCUCGCUGUGAGAUCAAGAACUGGCGGUUGGGUGGAUUUUGAUGCAUUUGUUGCCGUAGCACUGUCUUGUGUGUUUGGCUUGCUUAUUAGUUUCUUUGGAUUUGCUGCUAGAAAGGCAAUCUCUGCCACUGCAUUUACAGUGACUGGUGUUGUGAAUAAAUUUCUCACAGUUGCGAUCAAUGUAUUAAUUUGGGAUAAGCAUGCUAGUCCAUCUGGUCUUGUUUGUUUGCUUUUCACAAUUCUGGGUGGUGUUCUUUAUCAGCGGUCGGUUACUGGAGGGGGCAGCCCUCCUUUAAAGCAUGUGAAAACAUUAUCGACUAAGCAAAUGGAUGGUGAGAAAGAUGGCAAUAGUUUUAACGAGGAGAAUCAAGUAAAGGGAGCUUCUGCUAAAUCGUCUAGUGUAUGAUGCUAGUUGAAUCCUACUAUUUUAUUCAUUGCUCUGGUGGCUAGACAGAAUUUUUUGAAGCUGUAUUCUUAAUACUACAGUAGAUGAUUGUUAAAUAUCCUUUCUGAGUUUUUUCUGUAGUGUAAAGCUUAUUAGAGAAAUUUGUUUGACAUGCAAUCAUUACUUGGGCUGUUUCAUAAUGUUAACAAAUGAUGCUUUUCCUU